AUGCCGGAGAACGUACAUUCGGAUGGACCCCAUGUCGAGAUCGAGUACUGUAACGUUUGCAACUCGAAACCACAGUGCCUCGAGCUGGCAUCCGUGAUCCGACAGCAGAUUCCAGAGGCGCAAGUUGAAUGCCGAAUAGGGCGGCGUGGUUCUUUCGAGGUGCAGAUUAACGAAACUCUUGUGCACUCUCGGUUGAGUUCACUGGCAUUUCCACAAUACGAAGACGUGGUAGAAAACGUGCGCAACGCUCGGGACGGCCGGCCGGUGAAAAAAGUGACCGAACAACCGAUCACAGAGUGUGUGGUGCAGUAGCUUUAGUUGUUGGAGAGAAAAAAAGCACGUUGAAAUUUAUUCAAUCGCUAGUCAUCGUGUAGUACACCAUAUGAUGUACCGCUACCCAGCUGUAGAAUAAGAAAUCGAAGUAAAAACUACUUGGGAUUUU